GGUAUUACUUUCCAUAGCACAGGCAGAGUUAGAGGUGAGAGGCUCCUUGUACUUCACACAGAUUUACACUGAAGGCCUCUUUCCCUCAGCGGGCUUCUGCUCCAGGACUAUGGCACAACCGCCUUCCACCGACCCCACCAAGAUGGGAGCGGGUCGGUCGAUCGCCGUGCUUACCUCGGGAGGCGAUGCCCAGGGUAUGAAUGCAGCAGUGAGGGCCACAGUUCGAGUGGGAAUUUACACUGGAGCCAAGGUGUAUUUUGUCCAUGAGGGUUACCAGGGUCUGGUGGAUGGAGGAGACAAUAUCCGCCCAGCUACUUGGGAGAGUGUGUCAAUGAUGCUUCAGCUGGGUGGGACUGUGAUUGGAAGUGCCCGCUGUCAGGAUUUCCGUACCAAGGAGGGCCGCACCAAGGCCGCCUGUAACUUGGUCAAGCUAGGCAUUACAAACCUGUGUGUGAUCGGAGGUGAUGGCAGUCUGACGGGUGCCGACCAGUUCAGAACAGAGUGGAGCGAGCUGCUGGCAAUCCUACUCAAAGCUGGUAAGGUCACAUCAGCUGAGGCCAAGGCUUCCUCCCAUCUCAACAUCGUUGGCAUGGUGGGCUCCAUUGACAACGACUUCUGUGGCACUGACAUGACCAUUGGCACUGACUCUGCCCUGCAUCGCAUCAUAGAGAUAGUGGAUGCCAUCACAACCACAGCACAGAGUCACCAGAGAACAUUCAUCCUGGAGGUAAUGGGCCGGCACUGUGGUUACCUGGCUUGUGUGACUGCCCUGGCCUGUGGCGCUGACUGGGUGUUCAUCCCAGAGAUGCCCCCAGAGGAUGGAUGGGAGGAGCAUCUGUGCAGAAGACUGACAGAACAAAGAGGCCGUGGCUCCCGUUUGAAUAUUAUCAUUGUUGCAGAGGGAGCGAUGGACCGCAGUGGUAAAGCUAUCACAUGUGAAAACGUCAAAAAGCUGGUAUCAACCAAACUGGGCUUUGACACCCGCACCACCAUCUUAGGCCAUGUGCAGAGAGGAGGAACGCCUUCCGCCUUUGACAGAAUCCUGGCCAGCAGGAUGGGUGUGGAGGCUGUGAUGGCUCUGCUGGAGGCCACACCAGAAACUCCUGCAUGUGUUGUCAGUUUGUCUGGAAACAUGGCUGUCAGGCUGCCUCUUAUGGAGUGUGUUCAAGUGACUAAAGAUGUCACCAUAGCCAUGGCUGAAGGGAGGUUUGACGAUGCGGUGAUGCUCAGGGGAAAGAGCUUUGAGAACAAUUGGAACACUUACAAAAUGCUGGCUCAUGUGCACAUCCCGGAAAAAAAGGUGAGAAAGUUGAACCACCUUUGUGUGCAUUUACUGUCACACAGUGGGAAAUGUAUUCUGACAAAUGUCUCUGUGAAUGUACCCGGGCUGUGCCAGAGUAAUAUCAACAUUGCCAUAUUGAACGUGGGAGCUCCGUGUGCUGGGAUGAAUGCUGCCGUGCGUUCAACAGUCAGGGCCGGACUCCUGCAGGGCCACCGGAUGCUGGCAGUGCACGACAGCUUCGAUGGCCUGGCUCAUGGAUUGAUUGAGCCUAUUGAUUGGUCUGGAGUGGCAGGAUGGACUGGAAAGGGGGGCUCCAACCUGGGCACAAAAAGGGCACUGCCACAAGACUUCAUGGACGAGAUCAGUCUGAACAUCGCUAAGUUCAACAUUCAUGCUCUAGUCAUUAUUGGAGGCUUUGAGGCUUUUGCUGGGGGUCUGCAGAUGGUGCAGGCUAGAGAGAAGUUUGAGGAACUUUGUAUUCCUAUUGUCGUAGUUCCUGCAACUGUCUCCAACAAUGUUCCUGGAUCUGACUUCAGUAUUGGCGCUGACACUGCACUUAACACUAUAACCAUGACAUGUGACAGGAUCAAACAAUCUGCUGCGGGCACCAAGAGAAGAGUGUUCAUUGUUGAGACUAUGGGAGGACACUGCGGCUACCUGGCAACCAUGGCUGGCUUGGCAUCUGGAGCUGAUUUUGCUUACAUUUACGAGGAGAAGUUCAACAUUCAUGAUCUAGAGUUGAAUGUGGAACAUCUGGUGGAGAAGAUGAAGACAACAGUGAAGAGAGGACUGAUUCUGAGAAAUGAGAAAUCCAAUGCCAACUAUACCACAGACUUCAUCUUCAACCUGUAUUCAGAGGAAGGCAAGGGUGUGUUUGACUGCAGGAAGAAUGUACUUGGGCACAUGCAGCAGGGUGGAACUCCAAGUCCCUUCGACAGGAAUUUUGCCACCAAAAUGGGGAUCAAGGCAGUGCUAUGGUUGACUGACAAGCUAAAGGACUGUUACAGACAUGGUCGUAUCUUUGCCAACUCUCCGGAUUCUGCCUGUGUGCUGGGCAUGAAGAAGAGAUCUUUGGUUUUCCAGCCUCUGUCAGAACUUAAAGAUCUCACUGACUUUGAGCACCGUAUUCCCAAGAUACAGUGGUGGCUUAAGCUGAGGCCCAUCCUGAAAAUCCUGGCCAAGUACAAAACGGAUCUGGACACGACUGAAAAGGCUGAGAUGGAACAUGUCAUCAAGAAGAGAGCUGGUGUUCCUUAGUUGCCGUUGUAUGUCUAUUUGUCUUCUCUUAAAAGCACUUUGUAAACACUGACUAUGAAAAGUGCAAUAUAAAUAAAGAUCACAAGUAUAUCCCCACACAGCAAGUCUCACAGGUGAUUAUUCUUUUACAGAAACAAAUUACAUUGUAUUUGUGUGGUCUGGUUUAUAGCUGCCUCCA